AUGCCUACUGCGCCGAAUGGAAAGAGCCAUGGCGUGGCCAACGUCGACAUCGACCCUCAGCGCCUAUCACUCGUAAGUGGUGCGUCCCAUGCGAAGGAAGAGGGAUACGUCGCCGUCAUGACCCCCGAACCGCUUGGCGCGCCUCCUCCGGGCGGACCUGGUGGAGCUUUGCGCGAGGGUGGUGUACCCAUCUUGACCAGCAAGGACAACAUCGGCCUUCUCUUCCAGUACGCCGCUGUCGGGGUCGUCUACGGCAUGCUACCCGCGACCAUCUACCCGUUCAUGCAGGAAGGAGUAUCCUCAACUGCUUCGGAUCUCAACUUCAAGGUUUUCUACGGCAUUCUAUCCGACUGCCGGCCUACAUAUUACAAUAUCUUCGGCUAUCGUCGCCGGAUGUACAUGCGCAUCGUCUGGUCGAUCUGUAUCGUCAUGCUUCUGGUCAUGGCCAUCAUGCCUAUUGGCAAACCGCGCAAGUACGUCAUCCUCAUGUUCUUCGCUGCCUUCGGGGAAGAGAAGACGAAGGCCGCCAACAUCCGAGAGUGCUUCAGGGAGUUGCUCUGUUGUCGCGCAGUGUACCAGAUCACCACCUACAUGUUUUUCAGCGGCAUCUUCGCAAGCGUCACCGCCAGCUCCCCCGUGCAGUCAUACAUGGUGGGUGUCACACCGAUCAACAUCACCGAACGCUUCCUCAACACCUCACUCUCAAAGAAGAUCUACACCACCGCCGACAUGGAAGCCCACCGCUCGACCUCCGAGCUGCCAUCGCAGACCUCCAGCGGCCCCGAGUCGUCGCCCGCCGGCACACAGGCUUCCGGCGCUCUCGCGCCACAGUCCGUUGGUGCCUCGGUGCCGCCCGCGUCCCCUCCCUGUCAACACCCCCCUCCUCUCGAGCAGCAUACGCCGUAUGCGCCCGAGCAGCACGCUUCGGCAGCUCCUGGGCAGCAGCUUGCGCGCACCUCCGAUCCGCAGCAGGAGGAGAGUGCCUCCGAGCUGCACAAAUCACCGGCGUGCACGCCUUCUCGAACCGAUCGGCAGCGCAACCAGAAAAAUCGACCCCGCGUGACCUCCCCGCACGUUGCGGCACAUGCCGCCAGCGACGUCUCGUCUGAGAGCGAGGAGCCUGAUGAAAGCAAUGAUGAUGAAGAUUGGACCACGGCCGAGUCAGCUGAAGAGGAUAGAGAGGUGACGGGGGACAGCGAGGGAAUCGAAGACGAUGAGCAAGCCGAGGAGGAUAUAAGUAUCAAUUUGAUCGAGGUUGAUAUUCACCAGAAGGUGACAGGCCUUAUCAGAGCUGAUAAGUGUGAGCGUCGCUGCCUUCAGGGAAAGGCUCAAGAGCUGCAGUCUCUGGUUAGUUCAAAAGUGUAG